CACGUCCUCUCGCGAUGUGUCCUUUACCUGCAUAUAGCGCCUAAAUAACUGCAAAGGUCGGUUAUACACAUCCGGAAUCGCGGACAAUAGUGACUUCACGCUAGAAAUAUCAUCCGGGAGCUUCAUCUGGCCGGAUUGAAGUGAAUCCAGACCUGUUUGGUUUGAAUACGGAUCGCUUCAGCUUCUGUUUACAUGACAAUUCGGACAUUAUAUUGUUGAUUUCUGUUUGUGCACGCGAAGAUAAUCAUGGCGAGUGACUCUCCAGCGAGGAGCCUGGAUGAGAUCGACCUGUCUGCUCUGCGGGACCCUGCAGGCAUAUUUGAGCUGGUGGAGCUAGUGGGAAAUGGGACGUAUGGACAAGUAUAUAAGGGACGCCAUGUCAAGACGGGCCAGCUUGCUGCUAUCAAGGUCAUGGAUGUCACUGGGGAUGAGGAGGAAGAGAUCAAAGCUGAGAUCAAUAUGCUGAAGAAAUACUCCCACCAUCGGAACAUUGCCACCUACUAUGGUGCCUUCAUCAAGAAGAACCCGCCUGGCAUGGAUGACCAGCUUUGGUUGGUGAUGGAGUUUUGUGGUGCUGGAUCGGUGACAGAUCUGAUCAAAAACACAAAAGGGAACUCUCUGAAGGAAGAAUGGACAGCUUACAUCUGCAGAGAGAUCCUUAGGGGUCUGACCCAUUUGCAUCAGCAUAAAGUCAUCCAUCGUGACAUCAAAGGUCAGAACGUUUUGCUCACAGAAAAUGCGGAAGUCAAACUAGUUGAUUUUGGUGUAAGUGCACAGUUAGACCGCACUGUCGGUAGGAGGAAUACAUUUAUUGGCACGCCAUAUUGGAUGGCUCCAGAGGUCAUAGCCUGUGAUGAGAACCCAGACGCCACAUAUGACUUCAAGAGUGAUCUGUGGUCACUGGGAAUUACAGCUAUUGAAAUGGCAGAAGGAGCCCCUCCCCUGUGCGACAUGCAUCCCAUGCGUGCUCUCUUCCUCAUCCCUAGAAACCCAGCACCAAGACUCAAGUCCAAGAAAUGGUCAAAAAAGUUCCAGUCUUUCAUUGAGAGCUGUCUGGUGAAGAAUCACAAUCAGAGACCCAGCACUGAACAACUGAUCAAACAUCCCUUCAUCAAAGACAUGCCCAACGAGAGACAGGUCCGAAUUCAACUCAAAGAUCACAUCGACAGGACAAAGAAGAAGAGGGGGGAGAGAGAUGAGACGGAGUAUGAAUACAGUGGAAGUGAAGAAGAGGAGGAAGAGCGGGACAUUGGCGAGCCAAGCUCUAUCAUCAACAUCCCUGGAGAGUCGACCCUGAGGCGGGACUUCCUGCGUCUGCAGCUGGCCAAUAAGGAACGAUCGGAAGCUCUGAGAAGACAACAGCUGGAACAGCAGCAGAACGAGGAACACAAGCGCCAACUACUGGCGGAGAGGCAGAAACGCAUUGAGGAACAAAAAGAGCAAAGGAGAAGGCUGGAAGAGCAACAGCGACGGGAGAGAGAGCUCCGGAAACAACAGGAGAGAGAGCAGAGGAGGCGCUAUGAAGAGAUGGAACAGCUGCGGAGAGAGGAGGAGAGGAGGCAUGCAGAGAGGGAGCAGGAAUAUAAACGGAAGCAGUUGGAGGAACAGCGUCAGGCUGAGCGGUUACAGCGGCAGCUCCAACAGGAACGAGCUUACCUGGUUUCGCUGCAGCAAGAACCACGGCCUGUGGACAAAAAACAGCUCUACCACUACAAAGAGUCUGUCAACUCCAGUGACAAACCAGUCUGGGCCAAAGAGGUCAUGAAUAGAGCUCAGAGUAACUCUCCUCGAAUCCCUCCCAAGAAGCAACAUUCAUUUAACCACCCAGGAGAAAAACGAGUCAGCAACCACCCUGACCAAAGCCCGUCUUAUCAGCCCACCAGGCCCCCCUCAUACCCCGCUGCCUCGUCCUCCCACUCAAGAGAGAUGGAGCUGACAGAGGCUCAGCUCAGGAUAGUCAGUGGUCCUAACGUUCCUAAAGUCCGUGUGUCCUGUGAACCAGAUCCAUCCGAGCUGGCCCGAAUGGCCCAGCAGCUCCACGACCAAGAGUCCCGUAGCCGCAUACCUGGCCGCCCCAACAAAGGGGUUGACACAGAGAGAGACUUAAAUGUCUCAAAGGUCGAGGAACGUUCCAAGCUGAACCGUCAGAGCUCUCCGGCUCUUCAGCACAAAGUGGCCAACCGUAUUUCAGACCCCUCGCUGCCUCCCCGAUCAGAGUCCUUUAGCAGUGGAGGUAUUCAGCAGUCCCGGACACCUCCCAUGAUCCGCUCAGUUGAGCCUCAGAUGGCACACCUGGUCUCGGUGAAGUCCCACGGCUCCUCAAUGACAGGAUCCCAGUCGCUCCAUGACCAGUCCUCUCAGGGUGUCUCAGCCUUCCAGGAGGGUCUGUCACCCCACCGACCCCCAAUGCCCCGGCAGAACUCUGACCCCACGUCAGAAACCCCGGCCCCACCACCUCGCAUCACCAGCCGAGAAGACAAGUUUGACCGCAGUUCUUGGCUCAGACAGGAAGAUGACGUCCCUCCAAAGGUCCCCCAAAGGACCACCUCUAUAUCACCUGCACUGGUGAGGAAAAACUCCCCAGGGAAUGGGCCAGGUGGACUGGGUCCAAAGACUGGAGCACAUCUGAUCCGAGCCAGUAACCCAGAUCUUCGAAUUCCCAUGGAAUCUCUCCAGAGGACUAGUAGUGGGAGUUCCUCCAGUUCCAGUACACCCAGCUCUCAGGGUGGCUCCAGCGAGAGGAACCGGGUGGAAGGGUCCAGUAGGCCUGAGGGGUCUCCAGCAGUGUCCCAAGAAUCCAAGGCCAAAAUCCAGGAGGAGAACAGGGAGGUGACCAGACCCAGCCGACCAGCGGACCUCACUGCUCUGGCCAAAGAACUCCGAGAGCUGCGAACCAAUGAGGACACCAACCGGCCACCCAGAAAAGUGACCGAUUACUCAUCGUCCAGUGAGGAAUCGGAAAGUAGCGAGGAGGAGGACGGAGAAGGCGGGGCUCACGAUGGAACAGUACCUGUUAGUGAUAUUCCACGCAUCAUGCCUUCUGCUGGCCAGGGUGGCAAUGACUCAAUGGGAAACCAGGACGAUUCUCAUGACAAUGAUUCGUUUGACAAGAAUUCGCAAGACAACACCCUGAUGACAUUUGGGGAAAAAAAGCUUGGUCAUGCCGAGAACAAUGGUUUCCCCGGUAACUUCAAUCUGCCCGAUCUAGUGCAGCAAAGCCACUCCCCCUCGGCCACGCGCGGCGAGGGCCCUGGGCGGCACUCUAGUGGGCUGGACCCGGAUUCUUUGGCUGAAUUUGGGAUGGGGAGUGGAUCCAAAGCCUCCUUUACUCCAUUUGUGGACCCACGAGUGUAUCAGACCUCCCCCACAGAGGAUGAUGAGGACAGCUCCGCCUCAGCUCAUUUUACAGAUGAACUCCUGCGGCAAGAGCAGGAACAAGCUCGCCUGAAUGAGGCUCGGAAAAUUUCUGUCGUUAAUGUCAAUCCCACCAACAUCCGUCCCCACAGCGACACCCCGGAAAUCCGCAAGUACAAGAAGCGCUUCAACUCUGAGAUCCUGUGCGCGGCUCUCUGGGGAGUAAACCUGCUAGUAGGAACAGAGAAUGGACUGAUGUUGUUAGAUCGCAGUGGUCAGGGCAAAGUGUACAAUCUCAUCAACCGCAGACGCUUUCAGCAGAUGGACGUGCUGGAGGGUCUCAAUGUUCUGGUCACCAUAUCAGGUAAAAAGAAUAAACUGAGGGUCUAUUACCUGUCAUGGCUUAGAAACAGGAUACUUCACAAUGACCCUGAGGUAGAAAAAAAACAAGGAUGGAUUACGGUUGGUGACCUAGAAGGAUGCGUCCAUUAUAAAGUCGUCAAAUAUGAGAGGAUUAAGUUUUUGGUGAUUGCAUUGAAGAAUUCAGUGGAGAUCUAUGCCUGGGCUCCAAAACCCUACCACAAAUUCAUGGCUUUCAAGUCUUUCACAGAUCUUCAGCACAAGCCUCAACUUGUUGACCUUACAGUGGAAGAAGGGCAGAGGUUAAAGGUUAUCUAUGGCUCCACUGUUGGUUUUCACGUGAUAGAUGUCGACUCUGGGAAUCCAUACGAUAUCUACAUUCCGUCCCACAUUCAGGGCACUGUUAGCCCUCACGCCAUUGUGGUGCUUCCCAGGACCGACGGCAUGGAGAUGCUUCUGUGUUAUGAAGAUGAGGGAGUCUAUGUGAACACAUACGGCAGAAUCACUAAAGACGUGGUGCUCCAGUGGGGAGAGAUGCCCACCUCUGUUGCCUAUAUCCACUCCAACCAGAUCAUGGGCUGGGGAGAGAAAGCCAUUGAGAUCCGCUCCGUGGAAACGGGACACCUCGACGGAGUUUUCAUGCACAAACGAGCUCAGCGACUGAAGUUCCUUUCGGAGAGAAACGAUAAAGUGUUCUUUGCCUCUGUCAGAUCAGGGGGCAGCAGCCAAGUUUUCUUCAUGACCUUGAACAGAAAUUCCAUGAUGAAUUGGUAAUUCAUCCACAUCCUUCCCCUGCAUUGUGUCCAUGGACCUUUUCUACUUUAUUGAAAAGUGUGAAAAAUGGAAAGACAAGCAGAAAAUCCAGGUGCGUUGGAUAAACUUUGGACCAAGAUUUGCUGGGUCCUUUCAGAAGAGUAAAAGACAGAUCAAACCCAACUCCACAUCCAAAAUCUUUAAAAAGGGGUGCCGGAGAAGAACAACCAGUCUGCAUUAUUUUUUUAUGGCUCUUUCAUUCAUGUAUGUGGGGUUCAUGUUUUUGUCUUAACAAAUAGGUAUCUAGAUUUUUCUGGAGGUGAUUAUUGGAGGACAAAAAAAUAUGGGCAAUACGACCCACAAUUUAAACAAUUGAAUUGUACUGUUAAGACACUUUUGACACAAUAAUUGAUCGCCAUUGAGCUGGACGUCAGUAAACCUCCCUUCCAAGACUAUUCCAUUGAGGCUAGUUUGUGUGAUCAACUCCAUAUUUACAGCCCAAACACUUGUGGGACACAUUUCAUACAAACUUUGCUUUUAAAGUAAAUCUAUUUUAUGUUUCAGCUUGGAAUGCACACAAAUGUUUGUGUAAUGCCAUUAAUCGCACUAAUGUGUGGAUUUAACCAAUAUUUAAGACUUUUAUAGUACUUUUAUUAAUUAUCACAUUAGAUUGGAGCAGAGACACCUUGGGUUGAACACAGAAUGCCUUAAAGACGAAUUUGCAUUAAUUUUUUAGUCCAUAUAUGAAUGCUUAUGCAUAUUUAUGUAAGGAAAGGGAAAAUAUUGCUUUUCAAUGGACAUUUAUGCCUGCCGAUAUGGAUAAGAUAAAUAUAGAUCUGUUUUGAUCCUGAAUAUUCAUACUGUGCAUUCCUAGUUUUAUGUCAAAGCUCUGUUGUAUUUAGAUUGCUGUUGGUGUCUGUAGUUACUGUUCCAUGUGCUCAGGAAGAUGAUGCUGUAGACCUUUUCUCUUUUCCACCGAUUUCCAUUAGCCACUUUCAGCUUUUGAUAUUGAUGUUUCUCAGAAUGGGAACAUGAACUGUUGUGUGCAUUGUGGGCUAACGUUUUUACUGGUCCUAUGAGAACAUGAACUUCCACAUGGGCUGAAAAAAGUCAUCUUUGAUGUCAGAGUAAGGCUGGUCUGCAGGAACGACUCUAGAAAGCUUUGUAAACAUCACAUUGAAGGGAAACAGUCCAAGCACUUCAGCUGAUCCAUAAAUACUACAGAGCUUUGUUUUGAAACAUAAAGUACAUUAAAGGUGCUGUAAGUGAUUCCAGUCAUUUUGCUAACUUCUGCUAGACGUAGAUAGACAAAACACACCUUCCAAAGACAUGCCAGCGAACACGUACAGGUGAAAGACAGAGUGUGCUUUUAAUUAUGUAACUAUCUCUGACUGAUAAAGUUAUUACGAGGGAAAACACUAAACUUUUUGUGAGGGGAAAAUAAAUUUAUUUCAGGAAACAAAUUCCUUCCCUGUCCUCUAAGGGGACAUUUUCUGCAACGUAAUGCAUAUACAGCCCCUUUAAGAUUGCAUUGAGUCGCAGUGUAGUAAAAGUGUGCGUGAAUUGUGUAUGUGCAUAUGGGUGACUAAAUCAUGAAAUGUAGAGCUCUCCAUCAACAAUACAAAAAGUAGAGUUGUGUUACCAUGACAUACCAGCAAUCUCAAUUAGUUUUUCAUAUCAGGAGAAACAGACAUCCACUCAUCAUUGGGAUAAGAAUGUGCUGCAGUUUUGUAUAUUUACAUUUGAUUUCUCAUGACUAUCAGCAAAGUGCAAUAAAGGCCAAGGGAAUCGAGUGCUUUAGAUUUCUCCAUAAGAUAGGUCUAGGUCUCCAAACUGUUUUUAGAGGGAUUUUUCACAAUCACCCUCUGUAAAUAUCCACUUACUAUUUUGAAAAAAGAUUCCUGCCUCCCAAAUGAAUGCAUAGCAACUGAGGGUGUGACAGAAAUGUGAGAUGCUGUAUGUGGUUCUGUAUGAUCCUCUCUAAAGGCAUCACAGAUGUGUGAAUUAGAAGAUUUUGUGUGAAUCACAUGAAUUGGUGAACAAAGGCUGGUGUUUUGUGAGUAGAGCUUCCUUUUAGGCAACCUCAUUUCCGUACACCUGUCGGAUCAGUUCCGUUUUCUAUGUGGAUAAUGACUAUUGAUGCUGUCAAUGAAACCUCUUAAGUUACACGACAUAUAAGGCAAUAUUCAAGAUUGUUGUUUGAAGAGGCAAGGAUUUCUUCUCUUGGGGGCAUUAUGUCUUUUUGAAAUUCAACCAAUAAACCAGUGAUUUUAUAAUGAUCUUAAUAGCGAGUUUCAGUUAGCUCAGCUGGCUUUGAAUGUGUUCUAAUUAGUGUAAAAUGGCUAUUUUGUCAUUACGUGUAGACUUGAGGAGUGUAGAGCAUCAGAAACAUUCAGAAAAGGAAGCAUUUUUUUUAACAAGAAAAAUCAUGGUGCAAUGUAUUGUGCGAUUAACAGCCAAAUCAAGCCUACACUUCAUAUUAAUAGACUUGAAGUCUUUCCAAAUGACUUGGCAUUCUGUUAAAAAUAGUCGGGAUUGUUACAUAACAAGAAAUUCCUUGAUAUCAUUUCAUUUAUAUACUUUUAUAUGUUUCCAUUGCUGUCUUGCAAUGGCAAUAGUGUGUGAAAUUCACAACUGGGAUCUUUUAAGACUUCUUGUUUAAUUGUCCAUCAAACUGUGAACUGAGUGUGGAUGUGUGUGCAGGUUUGACGUCUGUCCUGCUACUUAUGUGGUCUUCCCAUCAAUUUUAUCAGCACAGAUGUCAACUGUGAGAUUGGUUGAUUUCUUCAUUCUCUCAUUCUCCACUUUCAAUGUGUGGAAUUUUAUUUGUUUUAUGUCUGCUUGACCUCAUUUUUUUCGAAACUGGACAUUAAUAUUGUAAGUACAUCCUUUAAGAUUCAGGCUGAGACAGUUGUUUUAUUUCUAUAUUUCUCUAAUUAGUUUGUGUAUUAAACUUUGAGAAUUAUAGCACAACCGAGUGUUCUGAAUAUUGGCUGUUAUUUUAAGGUUGAUCCAGUGUGUGAAUGUGUGGGUGGGUGUGUUUUCAAUAUUUUUUUUAACUUUAAGCUUGUAAAACCACCAAUUAAAGAAGUAAUACAGGCACAUUCACACUAAAAUGAGAAAUGAAGUUUUGGGUUUGCAGACCUUUUAGUAUUUGGAGCUAAAUCUGGGCAUUUGUUCACUUCAAAAUAUGUAUCCAUAAAGUUCAUAUUAAAUGUUAGGCUAUGAAACCUUUUUUGUUUUCUCCUCACAUAUAACUUCACAUGUAGCUUGGACUUUUACGAGAUGCUGAUCUCAUCUAAUCUGUGCCUAGUCCAUGUAAUUUAUUUAUUACAUGGUGUACUGUAAAUCCAAUAAACAACAAAAACACCAGAAUUCCUUCAUCCAACCCACAAAAGCGCUGAAUUUUCUAAACUGGAUAUUUGAUGGACAUCAACAAGUCCAUUUUUUACUUGAUGCUCUGAUUUAUUUUAUUUAUUAUUUUGUACAGUGCUGAAAUGCUGGUAUAUCAUUGUAUUUAGAAAGCAGUGUUGUUGCUGUUAUUUCAAAGGGAUUGUUUUUGUUAGUUGAAUUCUGGAUUAGUUUGUCUGAAAGAACUAUGAAAUCUAUAUCAUCAUGUCAGAGGUGCUUUGAGUGCUUCAUUUGACAAUUUUCACUUUUAAAUUUGUUUAAUUUAAGUAGAUUUUUUUUUAUUGGUUUAUUGAUUUUAUUAUUUUUAAUGUGAUCUUGUUCAGUGCUCUCUCUCCUUAUUAGAUACAUUUUCCCCUGCAUAUUGCAAAAAUUAUUUCAUAUUAUAAGGUUGUUUGAAAAUAGUGCACAUGUUGUUUUUACUAGGAGAAAAUUGUAUAUCAAAUGUGAUGGCAAAGUUGGUUGGUGGAUCAGUCAUAAAAUGGUAGAAAAACUAGCAAUAAUAAUGAUUACUGAUUCUGUUAUAUCUCAUGUUAGGCCUUUUCUAUUUUGGCUGAAUUAUGCAGCUCCACUUUUUGAACUUAUUUAAAUGGAGUUAAAAGAAAUGUGAAAUGGAUUAAUAGAAAUACUUCAGACUUUGAAAACCCAUCCAGCGUGGUCACUCGUCACCAGAAACAGACAUUUUAGGGGUUUUCUUUGCUUUUUUUUUUUUUAAUAAAUUGACAUCAA